ACAGUUACUUUUCUCCUUACAAAAAUAUUGCAUUGAAUUAAUGAAUGUGUUAGCUGCAUGUUUCGUGUUCAGCCUUAUUAUGCAGCGACUGCUCGGGUCGACUUUUGUCUAGUUCCUUAUCUAAUAUGGCGAUAAGGAGCUGCUUUGGCUCGUAUUCUAUUAUCUUAACAAAUACUGAAAUAAAAGUUACGUCGGUUAGGCCGUCAACACUCAUGACAACAGAUAACAGUUAGUGCUAUUACGCAAGCUUUUCUAGCUAUAGCUAUAUACCAUCAUUUGAUAGUGAAGCUUGUACUCUCGGCAAGUUAGCGAACUGUAAAACCUCGAAAAUGAGCAAAAGAACUUAUGCUGAAGUGUUAUCUGGAAGUGGGACAUCGGAAUCCGAAUCAGAGAAGGAGCUCAGUUCUUCAAUACCUCCUGUACAGCAGCGACGGCGUAGUAAGUCAACAAGCCGCAAGGAUGGAGGGAGAUUGUGGCGGAAAGCAAUAAAUAAAGAGUUAUCGUCCAAGAGAAAGAAUGUAGCAGAACGAAAGUCGGAAAUCGUCAUUGAAAUAUCUUCAAGCCCUGAAGUCAGUCCUCAGAAAUGCAGCAAAGAGCAAGUUAUUAUAUCUAGUGGCUCGGAAUGUGGAUCCCCAUCCAAAAAAAGGCUCCCAUCAUUAGCAUAUGGCGGAUGUAUUGGUGAAUUGCGUAAACCACAAUCACCACAGCUACACCCAAGAGGAUUGAAGCAUGAAAGUAAAGGUGACCGUCCAAAAAUACCAUUUUCACUGGAGAAAGGGCACAAGAAUAAAUCAAACAUUGAUCUGGAAACAGAGUCAGAAACUGACGAGACGUCAUCAUCGGACAGCGAAACGUCCGACGAAUCCGGCCCGGAAGAAAACCUACCCCCUAUAAAGAAAUUUCUCCACGAUGAUCCGAGACUUCCUGUUUACGAAUGGGGGCUUACCCGUAACAAGGGUAUGGAGGAAAUUGCAAAACUCUUGCUAUUAGAGCUCGAAGAUAUAGCGUCCAUAAGCGUCGCAAGCGGUGUUCCCACAAACGUAAAUAGGAACACAGCGUUUGUAAUUGACACUAGCCACCUUGACAAUAUCGAUGAUUUGAAAUGUGACGAGCUUGGUUCGUGGACUGCUACAGGUGUGAAAACGGUAACAUUUAAGAAAAAACACAAUAAAGUUUUGAAGACGAAUGCACAACCUAAAAACAAUAGAUAUAAAUUUACCCGACGCUAUUUUAUGAAUGACAGUUUAAAGUCCCUAAAGAAGGCAAUAACAACUGCCGAGGACUGCAAAAAAAACGUUCCACAUCGAUUUGCUUUUGUGCAAUAUAUUUUUGCCGAAGGAGAACAAACCGUUAAUGUUCUGCCCCAUGGKAAUAGCCGAAAAUCCAACAAGCCAUAUAAGAGAACGAUGAAGAGUACGCUAGAAAAAAUAAAAGAUGAUGUGCAAAAGUGUGUGGAUCCAAGAAAGGUCAUACAUAAUAUCAUAAAAAGUAAGGGUGGGAUCGAACAAUUACGGUCGGGUGGCGAGUUGCCUAGAAAUCGAAAACAAGUCUACAAUGCUGUGCAGGCGGCCACAAGAGAUAACAAAAUUCCUGAUCCCUUAGAAUACUUAAUGAAAAAAAGCAAGGAGGAGCUUAUGGACGAGAAUACGGCAUUCAUUCGAACAGUUCAAAGUACACCCGAACCACUUAUUUUCCUGUCAACGAAACACCAACUUCUAGAUAUUGAAAGGUUCUGUACCAAUCCGGAAAACUUUUGUGUUUUGGGCGUGGAUGCCACAUUCGAACUCUGUGAUUAUUACUUAACAUUUGCCACGUACCGAAAUCAAAUGCUGGAAACUAAAAAUGGCAAACAUCCUGCCCUAGUCGGCCCAGCUAUUUUACACAAGAAGAAGUUGGAACGUUCAUACACUGUUUUGCCUGCAGAAAUGUGUCGGUGGCAUCCACCUUGCGCAGGUGUAUUGGUAGUUGGAACUGACGGAGAAGAAAAUUUGGUGAACGGUUUGCGAAAUGUUUUUCGCAGCGCUGAACACCUGCGCUGUGAUAUUCACAUGAGGGACAACAUCAAGUCUAAGCUCUCGUCCCUGGGAAUUCCUCAAACCAUCGCCAAAGAAUAUCUAGACGACAUUUUUGGGCGUGGCAAUGAGGCUGGCCUGAUCCACUGCUUAUCGGCGGAAGAAUUCGAUGGAGCCCUAGAACGAUUAAAGACAGCGUGGGAAUCACGCCAUUCAAAGGGGAAAGACUUUGUCGCCUAUUUUGUGGCAAAGAAGGCCUUAGAUAUAAAAGAAACAAUGAGGGCGGAAAUCAGAUCAAUGUGUGGAUUGGGGUACCCACCCGACGUGUACACCCAAAAUGCAAGUGAGUCGAUGAACAGGGUUUUAAAAGAAGAAGAUAAAGACGAUCCCACAACCCGGAGAAUGAGAAAAAAUGUUUGUGACAUUGUAGAAAGAGUAAGAAAGGUAGUGGAAAGGCAGGAGAACGAACAGUUCCUUGCKGUCAUAGGUAGGGGAGAAUACCAGAUUUGCGAUAAUUAUAAAUUUCUUGAAGUGGGAGACAAGUAUUUUCAAAUGAACGAUAAACAAAAGCAAGAAGUCAGGAGAAAGUUUUUUAGCUCUUCACUCUCAAAAGAAAAUGCCGGGCAUGAACAAGCAAAUAAAAACGACUCUGUGGACGAUCACAAUCAUCUAUCUAUUGUGCCAGAGAAAAGCGAAAUCAUUUCCGUACCUUUCAUAGUUCUAAAAGAAAUGUUUAAUAACGCAUCAAAGUUGAUAAAAUCAAGUUCGGGUAUUGUGAAAGCGCCACAAGUACAAACUUCGACGACCAUUGCAAACAAAGAAGAGUUAUG